AUGUCUACUAUUUCAGAUCUAGUUGCUUGUUUUUCUAAAGAUGCCAAGCAUUUUGCUUUCCAAGCCAAUGCAUCACAUAAAAAUACGAUUGAUAUCUAUCCUUUAGAUCCUUCUAGCAACAAUGCAGUUAGCAAUAGCUCAAUUGGUCGCAUUGAUUAUGAGACAAAUGAUUUAGUUGCUACAGAUAUUAUUGCAAUGACAUGGUGCUCUGGCACAAAUAUUAUGCAACGGAACAAUUCAACAAAAUCUAAAAAUAAAAAGAGAAAAAAUAUUCAAGAAGAUGAUGAGAACAUUUCCAAUACUUCAAUUUCUGAAAUAAAUAAUGAGUCUACUCCAGAAAAUGUAUUUAUAAAUUGUUUUUCUGGCGGUAAAAUAGUCGUAUUCUCAUCAAAUGGUAAAAAUAUUAUUAAUAUUAUUCAAAAUAAAAAUGAAAUCUCAAACAUUGCCUCACGUGGAUCAAACAUUUGGAUUCUCGAUGACGAUAAAACUGUUAAAAAGUUCAUUUAUUAUCAAUCAAAACCUCUAAAAACUUUUCACUUGAUAGAAGGCAAAAAGGAAGUGAUUAAAAAUUUUCAGGUAUUACCAAUUAAUGAGAAUAUAUCAACUAAUGGCAAAGGUGAUGACAACAUUUAUAUUUCCUUAAUGACAGAAUCUAGGGUUAUUAUUAUAGAUCCUAGUAAAAGAAGGCCAACCACUGUUUCCAUAAUUGAUGUUUCUACUCCUGUAUUUUCAUCUCUUUACGAUGAGGGCAAAAAGACAAUUAUUGCUGAUGCUAAUAAAAUUAAUUUAUUUGAGGUAUCUAGUGGACAAUUAGUUAAAACAUGGGAUAUUCAAGUAAAAAAAUUCCAGAUUGUUGACAAUACGUUCAUUAUCGGAUUAACUAAUGAUGGUAACUUAGUUUCUAUUAAUAUUGAACAAAGUGAAAAUAAUGAAGAUUACACUAUUAUUUCUAACAAUAUAUCAAAAAAUAAUAUCAUUGAAUUUGCUCAAAUACCUGACGGUAUUAUAUAUUCUUGGUUGAACGUUAAUGAGCCAAACUUUGAAAUGAUACAAUCUAAAGAUUUUACUAAAGGCACAAGCACUAUCAAUGCCAAUGAUGAUAUUAUUACAUCAUCUGAUAAAAUUUCUAACAAAGAAUCCCUCAAUAAUCUACCUUUAGAGGAGACACAGGAUGAAUUAGUUAAUGAUCUAUCUAUACAAAAACAACGUAAAAAGAUUAAUAGAACUGAGCAAGAUGAAUUAUCUCAAAAGUUGUUAAACUCCCUCGAAGGAGAAAAUUCUGACGAUGCUGUUACAUUCAAUUUAAUUGUAUCGGAAGAUUGGAUAGAAUCAAGAAUAAAAAUAUUUAUUAUAAAAAAUUUAAAUAAUGAAAGCAAUAUUGCAAAAAUAAUUGAGUUAAUUUCAAGAGAAGUUCAAAAGAAUUCCUGGCAAAAUUCUAAAAUCCUAUUCUGGUGGUUAAAAUGGUUACUAUCAUUAAAAAAUAUUAAUGAAAAUUAUAAGUCUCAUAAACACAAUAUUAAAAAUUUAAAACAUAUUAGAUCCUCACUAAAGCCUUCGACUGAUUCAUUACCAAUUUUACUCAGUAUGCAAGGUAGGUUAGAAUUAUUGACAACUCAAUCUAUGUUGAGGGAGCAGCUAGCAAAUUUAAAUAUUGAAGAACAGGAACAAAUUGUUUCAAAUGGUCAAACUGAGAGUCAAAAUGCUUUAGAUUCUGAAAAGAUUAAUGCAGUUAACGACGAUAACACUGAUGAUAUAGUUUACAUGAAUGGGGAAAGUGAUACCUUUUUUGAUGCUCCAGAAUAUGUUGAAUAA